AUGCGCAGUCUGGAGCGGGCUUCCCCCCUCCCCCCGUCCGGCGUUGGCUACGUCACCAGCGGGUUGGCGCCAACCUGCCUUUUGGCGCGCGCGCCUACGCGCAAGCGCACUGUCGCCCGGGCCCGAACCCGGAAAGAGAAAAGGACAGGGGGGAGAACAGCAGUUCCCUGGGCGGGGUCGAGGUCAAAGGGCACGGGGACCCCCUUGGCGACCUUUGGUGCCCCCUCCCCACUCCAGCGCCCGCCGCUCCAGCCGAGGGCCCCUCCCCCACCGGGGAUUUCCCAUCAGGCCCCGCCCACGAGUCCGGCCCAGCGCCUUACGUCGGCCCCGCCCCUUGACGUCGGUCACGCCCCCCUGCGUCGGGCCCCGCCCCCGCCCGGAGGUCAGCCCGGAGGUCGGCGUGGAGGCGGAGGAGCUGAGCGGUGCCGCCGGCUGCGCUGCAGCCCCGAGCUCCCCGAGAUGAGGGUCGGCGCCUGGUACCGCGGCGGCCUCCUCCGGGCCCUCCUCACCCCGCCGCCGGCCCGGGGACCAGCCCGCCUGCUCUCUGGGGAGCAUGGGAUGGCGCAGGGCCCAGCCUCCAAGGACUAUUCUCUGCCUAACACCUCGUGGGGCCGCGAGCUGAGGGGGCUUUACGAGCAGUACAUGGAGCGGUGUAAGGACGAGGCGUGGAAGCGGCUGCCUUCGUUCUGCGACAACUCCAUGUUCGUGGGCACCAUCAUGGACCCCACGAGGAAAGACAGGGCGGCAGCCCCAGAGAUGUCCAUGGAGCCCCCGAAGUUCACACAGCCACCGCGCCUCUUCACCCGCAGCAUCCAGGGAGAUGGGCUGGGCUUCGAGUACGUCACCUUCUACAACAGCGACCAACAGAAGGCUGAAUGCCUCUUCCAGUCCGGCCCUUUCCUGGAGGGAGCCCCGGGGUUUGUCCACGGAGGAGCCAUCGCAACCAUGAUCGACAACCUCAUGGGCACCUGCGCCAUCCUGGUCAGCGGCGUCGUGAUGACCGCCAACCUCAACAUCAACUACAAGAGCCCCGUCCCUCUUGGCUCAACCGUUGUACUGAAGAGCCAGGUGGACCGGCUCGAGGGGCGAAAGAUGUUCAUUUCCUGCCGCGUCCACAGUGCCAACCAGAAGACCCUCCACGUGGAGGCAACAAGUCUUUUUGUCAAACUGGACCCCAACAAGAACGUGUGACGACCCACAAAGACUGCCUCCGCGGCAAGGGCGUUCCAGGUGGCCGAUCCAGUCGCAUUCUCGAUUCCCUCCUUUGCUCCCCUCUCCAGGGGCAGGGGGCCAUCGGGGGCCAGCUCCUCCCGCUGACGGAACCUCAUGGUGUCUCCGGCCAACCCGAGCUGUGGACUCAGUUCCCCCCCAUUUGAGAAACAGCAGGUGGGGAGGGGAGGGAAUGUGUGAGUGGAAAAUGUGGGGCGGAAAUGUCUCUGAAGCCACUCUGAGACCAGCCUCUCCUAGAACUGGGGUCUGGAACCUGCUUGCUACCUGUGUGUGUGGGCACCCCAAAUUAUUUUCCAUCCUCGGGGGAGGUAAAUCAGAGCAGUUUGGGGGCGAUGGCGGACAGGGGAAUGAAAUCCCCAUUUGGAGCAGCUGCUCGAAGCUUUGCUGGUUGGAAUAUAGUCAAAUGUUCUAUAUAAUAUAUAAAUAUAAUAAAAUGGGGAGGGGG